AUGUCCAAAGACAAACGCAGGAGCAUCUUUGGUCGCGGCUCCCUCAAUGCAUUCGCGUCGCAAAGCAACAAAGAUGAAUCGCAGCCCUCGAAUCUACUACGCAAGCGGCGCACGGCGUCCUUCAUGUCCAACCUGUCCGAUGUGUCGCAGUACACCGAGACCGCCUCGACCAACGGCAGCACGGUAGCGGGCAGCAGUCACGUCAGGGAGACGAUAGAUGGGCAGCGGCCAAGUCUUUCGAAAAACAGCCUGAAGCGCGCCAGCUCCGUCUUCAGCUCCUUCCGCGGCUACAAACUCUCCGCAGACGACGACCCCGAGCCUCUCUCGGCAACAUCAACACGAACAUCGACUGGCUUUGGAGAAUACAUAUGGGAAGAUGUGCACGAUCGCCAGGUGCUGCAGCAUGGCGAGGUCCAGACGAGCAGCUCCAUGUUUAGGAAGAAGAGGGAAUACUUGGUGCUGACCGAGAAGCAUCUCAUCCGGUUCAAGAACCACGCGAAAGCGAUCGAAGCAUUUCCUGGGAUACCGUCGCCGAACAACCGCAUGAGCUACUACCGCCACAGCCACAGCCCCUCGACCGGGUCGUCCCACGAGCUCCAGUCUAUGGCUUCGGAAUCGUCUGGAGACCGCCACCAAGGCAUACCUCUACGCCAUAUCGUUGCCGUAUACCACCUCGACGACGGUCGGCCGCACUUUGCGCUGGAACUCUAUUACUUGGACGACGAGACGAACAACGCCUCAUCCAUGACUCUGCAGUUCGGGGACCCUGAAGAGAUGUUUUCAUGGCUCAAGGCCAUCAGAGAAGCAGCGAAUAGGGCACGGCUGUCUGACGCGAAGCCCAUCUCCGCGCACAACUCCCAUCUGGCUGCGCGUGUCGUGGAAGCAGAACGCGACUAUGUACCUCCACAUUACGCCAUAUACAAAGUCGUUCUCCGACCGCAAGGAAAGACAACGACGAGAGCCUCAACUGAUGACCUUGCCAAAGUUUCUGCUUCAGUAUGUUUCCUUGCUAUUGGUGUGCACAAAGUACACAUUAUUCCGUUGUUCAAACCAUCCUCACAACGGUCUUCCAGUCCAUCACUGGCCGCUCAUAACACCCAGUCGUCGCAUGGUAUCCUAACGCUGACUGAAGUAUGCGUGACCGAAAUCGACGAUACCUUCCAGUUAACCUUCCGAAAGCCGCUUGAACGUCCCAAAGUCCUCCAUCUGGCAUCAUUAGCUUCGCGGGAUAUCGCUGUUCGCCUGCGAUCCAUAGAAGCUAGUCUCAGACCUGAGUGGGAGACGCGACCCUUUGACUUCCUUGUCCCAGACGAGGUGUAUCAUGACGUCGCGCGACAAGAAAGCCCACAUCCGAUGGACCAAGAUUCUUUGGACAGAACCUUGAUUGGAUAUUGCGUUGCUUACGAUGUACAGCCAGAGAACAUCAGCUAUCAGAUUACCUACCCUGCCGAGGAUGCGCCACGAUUCGAGCUCCUACCACCUGUCGGACUACGCAGAGCCCAGUAUAAUACUCUCGAGCUGCUCGCGGUCAUGCGUGCCUUGCGCUACAACGAGACCUUUGGCGGUAUCUCAUUUAAAGAUGUAAAAUUGGAUGUCUUGAAUGGACUGAAAGAUCCCAACGGCGCUGAGCACCUUUGCCUCAAGACAAAACGCGGCACGUAUGCACGGCUAGAUAUCGAAGAGCUGGAGCGCUCUUGUCUACUAGUGCAAGAGAUCCGCGCUCUUGCCUUGACGAACCGAAAGCUGCGUAGAAUGGACUUUACUUCCUGCAUCUCAAGAAAACCCAGAGACCACGGGGAAUCUAGAGGCAGUGCGAGAGAUCAGGGUUGCGGCAUUGUGGAAGCCCUGUUUCCGCUGUGCAAGUACCAGACCACCAAUGUCGAUUGGAUAGCAUUGAACAAAAUACAACUUGGAGAUACAGAUUUGGAUUACCUCGUCGCGGCAGGUGUUGAGCGGGCUUGCCACUUCCGCGGACUUGAGCUGAGUGGGUGUGGUCUAACGGAUCGGUCGCUUUCUCUGGUUCUGGAUGCGAUCCGCGCGCAGGAAACUACCCUGGAAGCCUUGGAUCUGUCGUCGAACCCGUUCAGAUUAUCACCGAGCAUGUUCGAUUCUCAAAUUGGCGUUUUUGGAUACCUCACCAGACUUAACCUCUCGCAUGUUGCGCGCUCGUCGGGCCUUGAGUCGCUGAUAUCGGUCGAAACCUUUGCUGGCUGGAGAUUACAAGAGUUGAUACUGAGCGGCACCUCGCUCAACUCCGCCAUGGUCGAUGCAAUAGCUGGUUAUCUUGUCAACUACAAACAAUCGUCAGCUCUCCGUGAACUACGAUUGGAUCAUUGCUUUUUGACUGGAAGUGAUAUUGCUUACCUCUUGCACUCAAUGACCGAGCAUCCUGGAAAAGCUCGCGAGUUACAUUUGGAUGUCAGUGAGAACAACAUCGAAGAAGACCUGGAUAAGUUGACCAAGGCGAUCUCUAAAGGUCUCGCCCCAUCCAACUUCACCCUCCGCCUGUUAGAGUUCGAAGAGGACGCCGACUUCCGCAAGAUGAUACUUGCGCUGGCCGCCAAUAACACGAUUCGGCAGCUUGAUAUCUCACGAGCAUCCUUACCAUGCGAUGCCUCCGAAGAGACUUGCCAGGCGAUGGAGAAGAUGUUUGCUGAUAACACCAGUCUUGAAUGGCUUGACAUUUCCGGUGAAGACUCCCGGCUAGAGACAACCAAGCUAGGUGUUGGUAUCAACCGAGCACUACGGGGGUUGCAGCGCAACAAAACCCUGCGCGCCUUGUACAUCCGAUACCAAAAACUAGGCGUACAAGGCGCCAGCACUCUCGCCGACGUGCUCAAAGUAAACACGACCCUCCAAUACCUCUACUGCGAAGACAACGGCAUAGCCCUAACCGGCUUCACCGACCUCGUCAACGCCCUCCACCGCAACACCACCCUCCUCUUCCUCCCCACGAUGCAAGAAUCGCGACAAAUGGCCCUCAAGCAAACCGAAGACCAAGUAAAAUCCAUGCGCGACGACGUCUCCCUCCCCACGUCCUCCAAAUCCAGCUCCGUCCGCAGCCGCCUCACCAACCGCGUCGUCAGCGGCAAGUCCUCCAAAGAACCAAACUACCCCAUGGGCCUUUCGGACCAAGACAUCAAAGCCGCGCUCGGCCUCGUCGACGAAAGUUGGGCGCGCCAAGAAUACAGACUACAACAAUACCUCCAACGCAACCACAACAUCGCCCACGGCAUCCCCACCGCCAUGGACGUCGACGAAGAAGACUUUGAGCGGCCCGACACCGCAAACAGCCUCGGCAAGAUCCUCGAAAAAGUCACCAUUGAAAGCACGCCUACACGGGAGAAAGACGUCCAGCUAGGAAUGGGAAUGGAAAUGUAUAGCCCGAAGUCGAAGCCAAGUGGUGAGAAGGAUGUUCCCCAGCUGGGUGUUUAUACCCCCGAGUUUUAUCUUCCGGAAUUGCAUACACCGGGUACGGGGACGCCGAGGAGCGAGGUUGUGGAUUAUGAUGUUACGCCGUUGGAGAAGGAGCUCGAGAUGAGCUUUGGGGAGAAUAGGAGGGCUUUUCCGUUUCCGACGAGGUGA